CGGCGCGCGGCCCCGGCUACGGGCUGCUCUCCAUCCGCGUGGACGGCAACGACGUCUUCGCCGUUUACAACGCGACGCGCGAGGCGCGGAGACGCGCGGUGGCCGAGAACCAGCCCUUCCUCAUCGAGGCCAUGACCUAUCGGAUCGGCCACCACAGCACCAGCGACGACAGCUCGGCGUACCGCUCGGUGGACGAGGUGAAUUACUGGGACAAGCAGGAUCACCCCAUCUCCCGCCUGCGCCUCUACCUGGGCAGGAGGGGCUGGUGGGACGAGCAGCAGGAGCAGAGCUGGAGGAAAACUUCCAGAAAAAUGGUGCUGGAGGCGUUCGAGCAGGCCGAGAGGGAGCCCAAGCCCCCUCCCCACCUCCUCUUCUCCGACGUUUACCUGGAGAUGCCCCCGAGGCUGCAGCGGCAGCGCCGGGAGCUGCAGCGGCACCUGGAGACCUACGGGGAGCAUUAUCCCCUCCAGCAGUUCCAGAAAUCCUGAAAUUCCCUGAAUUUACCCCAAAAAAAUCCCAAAAAAUUACCCCA